UUCGUGAUUGUGCGUAUAUCGUGGCCGUGCUUGCGCGUUGAAGAAACAUCGAGAUCUGUACAGUGACGCAAUAAACAUGGCGUUCUUUGGUAUGGGACCGCGACCGAGUGCCUCAACUGACACAAAGCUGUACGACCUUCUCGGAGUGCCACAAAAUGUAGAGAAUACAGAGUUGAAAAAGGCGUAUAGAAAACUUGCAAAACAAUUUCAUCCAGAUAAAAACCCUGAAUAUGGAGAAAAGUUCAAAGAUAUCAGCUUUGCAUAUGAAGUGCUGUCAGAUCCAGAGAAGAGAGAAACCUAUGAUAGCUAUGGAUUGGAAGGAUUGAAGGAAGGAAGAGGUGGAGGAGGAGGAGGGGGUAUGGAGGAUCUCUUCUCCAGCUUUUUUGGUGACAAUAUCUUUGGAGGUGGAGGUCAUCCGUUCGGUGGAGGAGGAAGGGGAGGUUCCAGACGACCAGGAAGGAGGAGAAUGAAAGGAGAAGAUACAAUGCAUCAACACAAAGUAUCUCUUGAAGACUUGUAUAAUGGGAAAGUUGCCAAGCUGCAAUUGAGUAAAAAUGUAAUCUGCGUGUCUUGUGGAGGUGUUGGGGGCAAGCCAGGUGCUAUGCAGCCCUGUCGUACCUGCCAUGGUAGAGGUAUCAAGGUGACGAUACGACAGCUAGGUCCAGGAAUGGUCCAACAGAUGCAAUCUACUUGUCCUGAUUGUAGAGGAGAAGGAGAAAGGAUAAACGAGAAAGACCGAUGUAAGAAGUGCAACGGGGUGAAAGUGAACAAAGAAUCAAAGAUCUUAGAGGUUCAUGUUGAUAAGGGAAUGAAAGAAGGUCAGAAGAUCACCUUCAGAGGAGAAGGAGAUCAGCAGCCGGAUGUUGAACCAGGUGAUGUAGUUAUAGUGUUAGUGGAGAAGGAACAUAACCAGUUUAAGCGUAUUGGUAAUGAUCUGUACAUGGAGCAUACUAUCGGUAUCACAGAGGCUUUAUGUGGAUUCCAGUUCUCAUUAACACACUUAGAUGACAGAAAGAUUCUCAUCAAGUAUCCUCCAGGAAAAAUCAUCCAACCAGGAUGUAAACGAGUUGUUGAAGGAGAAGGCAUGCCCUUGUACAGGAAUCCUUUUGAGAAAGGCAACCUCAUCGUCAAGUUCAAUAUAGAAUUCCCAGAGAAUAACUUCACAUCAGAAGAUAAAUUAAAGGAGCUGGAGCAGUUGCUACCUAGACGACCUGAAACAGCCUCACCAAGUGAAGAUUCCGAGGAGGUAACCAUGAUGGACUUUGAACAAAGUAAUUCAGGUGGAAACUCUCGGGAAGCAUACCGCGAGGAUGAUGAGGAUGAUGACCAUCCAGGUGGAGGCCCUUCCGUCCAGUGCGCACAUCAAUAACACUAUCUCGACUGUUUGGUCAUAUUGCAUAGUACAGUGCUGCUGCUGAUUCUCUAUAUAUUGGCUGAGAUGAAAGGCCUUUUGAUGAGGGUAGGAGAGGGGAAGGGAGGAAAUGUGAUUGUUUUAUUAGACCAGUGCCCAUCGUUACUCUUAUUUUCUUUCUAUUUCUUCUUUUUAAAGGGUUUUGUAUUCUUCUGUCAUGCAUAAUUUAAUAUUUUAACACAGUAAGUCCAUGUAUGGUUAAAGGGAAUGUGUGCAGAUCUCUCUCUCUCUCCCUCUCUCUCUCUCUUUCUCCCCUUCUUUAUAUCUAAACUUCAUUGGUAUCAAUUUAAACACAACACCUCAAAUGUUUGACAGGAUUGAUUCCCUGACUCGUAAAUCUGCAGUGUUGGAGAAAUAUAAUCUAGUUUUAUCACUUGUUGCUGAAAUUAAAUUCAAGUAACAUUAGUAAUUCAUGUGACAGGGUGGGAGAAAACUCCAUUUAUAUACUUUGUCUCUGUCAUUUAGUAGCAUACCCAUUCUCUUUUGCUAGUACAUGCAAAUAUUUAAAUCUGCAAUUUGCUUAGAUUAUAACCAAAUCAUGUUGAAUUAGUCAUAAAGGGAAUCCUCUUUGUUAGUUGCUAUGUAAAAUAAUUGAAUUAAAAAAGUAUUGACAUGUAAUUAAUGCACAUUAAAAAAUGUAUGUGUAUAAUGCCCCUAAAGAUGUCUCAUGAAAGAUUCCAAAAGCUUUCAAGUUAAAGCCCCCAAAUAGAAAAUCAAUGUACUAAGGUUUAAAUGCAAUAUUUGUGCUGAUUGACUAUCUGAGUCUUAAUUUCUUGUGAUAAACUGGCGCGUGAUAUUCCACCUUGACUAUGAGUGUAUCCAUGAAGAAGAAAAAAAUUUCAAUUAUUUUCAAAAGACCUAAAUGCCAGAAAUAUCACACUGAUUAUACCUUUAAGGUCUCUAUUUGUUCUUUAGCCAGUCCUAAACAAAGUUGAUGAAUCUAUUAAUAUAUGUCUGUUUCUACUUUGCGAUAUAUACUCACUAAAUAUGUAGGCUGUUAUGAUGUUGGUGUUUUUAAAGAUUCUUUGAGAUAAUGAUAGGUGGACACAAAAGUGAUAAGCUGAAUUAUUGAUUGUCAAGAUUUUGUUAAUGUCCAAGUUCUACAUUUUGUGAUAAAGUGAACAAAUUUUUAUCCUGACUUAGUUAGAUUUAAUUGUAAACGUAGCAUGUUAAAUGACGAUAAUACUCCACUUUUCUCAUAAAACUGUUUUUUAUUUUCCUUCCUAAAUGUUUAGGUCAGUGUAAAGGCAACCACUAUUAAUGAUCCUGACUGAAAUUAAUAGAUCAUUGCAAAUUUCAGUACAUUUCAUUCUUGCCUUUUACUUCUCAUUAACAUUUUGGUAAUAAAUCUUUAUUAUGUAAUGAUGAAUGAAUAUCCUGAAAGAUUUUAUGAAACUACACAAAAAUAAAGUUAAGUGGUGAUUCCUUCAGAAAUCCACUAUUUUAGGAAGAACCUUUUUUCUUACGCAUGUAAUUUUUCUCAAUUUUGUUGAGAAAAGGGUUGGUUUUGAAAACUUUCAUCAGCCCCUGUCACAUUAAUGUGCUUGCUUCCAACAUUGCAUAAUUGUUACUAUUACAAACAUGUUUAUUUUAAAACUCGGUUUCCACUAGAUAGUUAUGCCACAUUUAUUGAUUUUUAGUGUGUUUCAAAUUAUUAAUCAAUUUUUUUCCUUCAAUGUUCACUUGAGUUCAUAUUAAUUUUAUUCAUGCACAUGUAUGUCCUUGAUGUGUUUUUAUUUUAUGAUUAAAUUAGUUUUGUCCAAAAGUAGGAGUGACAGAAUAAGAGUUCAAUAUAAAGAAUCAUUUUCUUGUAUGUACUCAUAUUUAUUGAAUAUAACUUUGAUAUUGACAUCCAUUUUGUAUAUUAAGGAAUAGCAGUGAGUAGACAGUUUGACGUCAUGUGUCAUGAGAUCUUUACAAGAAAUAAGAGUAUUGCAUCACAUACAUACAUACAUGCCAUGUACAGACCUUCCAGUCAGUUUAAUAGCAUAUUGGGUGUCCUCUCAAAAUGAAUUGCAUUUUCUGGUGGGACUCGUGAAAAGGAAUUGUGUGUCUCGGCUUGGAUACACCCUUUGUAUGUACAUAUAUCUUUUAAAUCAAUUCAAACAAAUUUAACCUAAAUGCUAUAGCUCAUUGAUCUUGUCUCAAAAUUGUAGUACAUAUGAUAGCCCAAAUGCUUUCUGAAAAUGAGUAUUUUAUGAGACAUACAUGUUUGUUUAUAGCCAUUUCUAAUUGCAUUUUCCCCCUGCAACUUUGUAAAGCUUUAAUUUAUAUGUGAUAUGUUUGUACUGCACAAAUCAGUUACCUCAUUGCUUAAUUAAAGUUAUAUUCAUACCCAUCUCACACGGCUUAUUUCAUCAAUUUUUCAUAAGAUGUUACGGUAUCAAAUAAAGAAGGCAAUUACAGCAAAUUUAUUAUCAGUUUA